AUGAAAGAGGACGAUGGAGAGGAUGCUGACAGACGAAGAAAAGUUGUUCGUCACGGCAAGGCGGUAGCGGCAGCGGCAACAACGACAACAGAAGGUGGAAGCAGUAGCCAAAUUACUUCAGCCAUAACGCUAGUGACAGGCAAAGACGACGACGGCAUUAACGAUGAUAACUGCGACGAGCACGACGACAACGACAACGAUAACGACGGCAACAAGGACGGAUUACAGCGACGAAUUCCAUAA